AUGGCGCUAGGCGCCGGCGAGGGUAGCCUCAGCGAGGGGAACAGGGGCGGAGGCGGCGGCCUCAGCGAGGGGAACAGGGGCGGAGGCGGCGGCCUCAGCGAGGGGAACAGGGGCGGAGGCGGCGGCCUCAGCGAGGGGAACAAGGGCGGAGGCGGUGGCCUCAGCAAGAGGAAUAUGGGAGGACGAAGUGGUGACCUCGCCGGUGCGGAUGGAGAAAAGGGGGGCCUCCUCGAAGAGGGGAAGGGCUGCAGCAGACAGGUUCCUCUCCUCCCAGACCUCCAUGGGAUCCUCAUCCCGGGCCCCAGCGCCCCUUCAUCGACGAUUGACGGGGUCGCACCUCUCGCUCCCAUAAAGAUUGAUUUCAGCCGCAAGGAAAGGGUCUGCGCAAGGAUUUUGGGGGGCGAUGGGACCCCAGGCUUCUCCAAGAACUCCGGCGAGAAGGCGCCCGCAGGUGGCCUGCGCACCCGCGUCAGACUCUUCAAGGGGUUCCGUAUCUUGCCGCUGGGUUUCAAGAAUUCAUCUCAAGAGGAGGUAACUAUGUGGCUGUUAUUAUGA